AUGCUUCUGUUGCUGAUCAUAAGCGUAAUCAUUUUACUACUCCUGUAUGUCAAACUCAAAUAUUUUACUCUACGUGGUCCUAUACCGGGUCUAGCACCACAUUUGCUCUUCGGAAAUCUAAUUCAAUCGGGUAUGUUAUUGUAUAAUAAAUCUCCAGCUGAAAUUUUCGCAGAAAUGAAAUAUCGUUAUGGAGAUAUUUUUCAAUUUUGGUUUGGUCCUACUCGUUACAUUAUCGUUAGUAAUGUCAAUGAUAUUCAACAUAUAUUUACACAUCGAAAUAUUUAUGAUCAAGGCAAUAUUUUCAUUGAGCAAUUCUCUGUUCUAUUUCCAAGUGGAUAUAUUACUUUAACAGGUUGA